AUGCCAUAUGACGAAUAUAACGAUGAUACACUUAUUGAUCACGAUCUUGAACCUCUCUUGUAUUUUAAAACUACUGAUACUAUAGGUCCGACGUUUAAUUAUACAGGGUUGACAACUUUUGUCCAAGGGAAUAAAAAAGACCCGUUAGACAUAAUAUGCCCAACAGCUUUUUGUCCUACUGGACUAUUAUAUUAG